AUGAAUACACUACUCACAUCGCUCGUUGCAAUAAGUUUCUCGUGGAUUGUCUACUCGCUACUUCAAUACGGUCGACGGGAGAAAUCACUACCUCCUGGACCUCCAACUAUUCCGAUCCUAGGAAAUAUUCACCUGGUUCCGAUUCAGUUCCCAUUUUUAAAAUUUACUGAAUGGGCCAAGGAAUAUGGAGGAAUAAUGUCGAUAAAAGUGGCCAAUGGAACAGCAAUAGUGCUUUCUGACAUGAGAAUCGUGAAAGAGCUGCUUGAUGACCACAGCAACGAGACAUCCUCACGCCCUACACUUCACGCAGCGGAUAGCGUGACUGGUAAAAAUUACUUCGCUUUGGCUACUUCCGACAAUAAGUUAUGGCAAAUAGGUCGGAAGGUCAUCCAGCCGCUGGUAUCUUCCCAGGCCGUCCAAUCGCAUCUUCCCAUUGCGGAACGGGAGACUGCACAGCUCUUAUACGACCUACUUGAAAGACCUGAUGAUCUAUGUUCCCAUGUCUCGCGAGCUACCCUGUCAUUCGUCACUUCUGUGGUGUUCGGGAAACCAACGCCGCAAUACGACUCGCCGGAGGCUGAACUUUUCCGCACAUACAUGAGGUCCUUCUCCGCGACGAUAGCACCGGCUGCUGCUCCGGUGGAUCUCGUUCCGCUACUCAAGUAUGUACCCGAGAUAUGUGCACCAUGGAAGCGUCUCUGGAAGAGGACGCGAAAUCUUCAGCGGUCUUUGUAUUUCUCGCUCUUAGAGUUUGCGGAGAGCCAGGUUGGGAUGGGGCACAGGAAUGGGACUUUGAUGGAGAGUAUUCUGAGCAAAAAAGAUGAGCUGGGUCUAACCAGAGAGAUGGUAGGGUAUAUUGGAGGGAUUAUGCUAGAUGGUGGUGCAGAGACAUCAGCGGCCUUGAUUCAAUCCUUAAUCCUCUGCCUUCUUGACUCUCCUGAGUCACAGAAAAGGGCGCAGCAAGAGAUCGACUCUGUCGUAGGGUUGUCUAGACUCCCGCAACCGAGCGACAUCCAGGACUUACCAUAUGUACAAGCCAUGAUUAAGGAAAUCCAUCGACUACGUCCAGCUGGACCAUUGGGUAUUCCACACUCUGCGAAGGAAGAUUUUUCUUAUGGACAGUAUAUAAUACCCAAAGGAGCACCUAUCUUCACCAACGUCUGGGGAAUUCUACACGAUCCAAAUCUCUUCGAGCGUCCAGAUGAAUUUUUCCCGGAGCGUUACUUGAUGUCAGUAGACGGGACUAUACCAGGACUGCAGAAAGGCUACACCAUUCGGACAAGUCUCCCGUUUGGAAGUGGAAAGAGACUCUGUCCCGGUAUGCACCUUGCCACUACAAAUAUCAGCCUCGCUGUUAUGCGACUGCUUUGGGCAUUCGACUUCUCUCCUCUGAAGGAAAAGGCUCAUGUAUUGACAUCGACUGCACCCUCAAACCUCGCUGACCAUUUCAUUGAUGGGAUAAAUCUCGCCCCCAAGCCAUUUAGGUGUAAAGUUACCCCAAGAAGUACAGAGAAGAUGACGGUAAUUCAAGAUUCGUACCACCGCUCACAAUGA